GGCGGCUCUACUUAAGCAGCGCGCGGGCCGCCACCCGGCACUCCCCUGGAGCGCGCGGGCGAGGCGGGAGGAGUGCAGCGGGGCUCGCGGGGGCGCACGGAGGCGCGCUCGCAUUGUGCACUCGGCUCCGCGCGGCUCUCGGCGGCAGCGGUGGGCCGGGGCGCAGGGCUGAGCGAGCGUCCGAGAAAGGCGGCGGCGGCGGCUCCGGCGCGCGGCCCGGCUCUCGCUCACUGCCCUAGCCCGGCCACCUCUUGGCCAUGGCUCUGGCGGACAGCACUCGUGGACUACCCAACGGGGGUGGUGGCGGCGGCGGCAGCGGCUCCUCGUCGUCCUCGGCUGAGCCGCCGCUCUAUCCCGACAUCGUGGAGCUGAACGUGGGGGGCCAGGUGUAUGUGACCAGGCGCUGCACGGUGGUGUCGGUUCCCGACUCGUUGCUCUGGCGCAUGUUCACGCAGCAGCAGCCGCAGGAGCUGGCCCGGGACAGCAAAGGCCGCUUCUUUCUAGACCGAGACGGCUUCCUCUUCCGCUACAUCUUGGAUUACCUGCGGGACUUGCAGCUCGUGCUGCCUGACUACUUCCCCGAGCGCAGCCGGCUGCAGCGCGAAGCCGAGUACUUCGAGCUGCCGGAGCUCGUGCGCCGCCUCGGGGAGCCCCAGCAGCCCGGCCCCGGGCCGCCGCCGCCGCACUCGCGGCGCGGGGUGCAGAAGGAGGGCUCGCUGGGCGACGAGCUGCUGCCGCUCGGCUACGCGGAGCCUGAGCAGCAGGAGGGCGCCUCGGCUGGGGCGCCGUCGCCCACCCUGGAGGUGGCUAGCCGCAGCCCGUCGGGGGGCGCGGCGGGCCCGCUGCUCACGCCGUCCCAGUCGUUGGACGGCAGCCGACGCUCGGGCUACAUCACCAUCGGCUACCGCGGCUCCUACACCAUCGGGCGGGACGCGCAGGCGGACGCCAAGUUCCGGCGAGUGGCGCGCAUCACCGUGUGCGGCAAGACGUCGCUGGCCAAGGAGGUGUUCGGGGACACCCUGAACGAGAGCCGGGACCCCGACCGGCCUCCGGAGCGCUACACCUCGCGCUAUUACCUCAAGUUCAACUUCCUGGAGCAGGCCUUCGACAAGCUGUCCGAGUCGGGCUUCCACAUGGUGGCGUGCAGUUCCACGGGCACCUGCGCCUUCGCCAGCAGCACCGACCAGAACGAGGACAAGAUCUGGACCAGCUACACCGAGUACGUCUUCUGCAGGGAGUGAACUCCCCACACCCUCUUGCGACUCCAGCGCGCGCAUUCCCUCUCUUUCUUGCCCGGGAGAGGGCUAUAGAUUUCCCCUCCCACCCCACGUUCUCCCAUUCCCCUGUUCCCCACCUGCAGUAGACCCACUGACCCCUCACUUUAGAACCUGCAGCCACAGGUCCUCUCGGCUUCUUCGUCUUCUCUGGACCCCACUAGAAGAGAGAGCCCAGACGUACCUCUCCACCCCAUGCUUCCUCUGCCCCCGGCCUCAAAUCACCCCUCCCCCGGAUUGUCCUUCAGUCUGGAUGUAGUGGGGCAGUGUGGCUACAAAGUCACCGAGUACCUGGGAAUGACUGAAUUGUUCCGAACCCAACUGGACCCUGUCCAGUGUAUAGAAGAUUCCUUGAAAUCUUCUCAAGCCCUGAUGACUCAUUCGCGGUUUAAGAGAUAGAAUUGGUAGCAGUGUCUGCGAAUAGUUUUGAAAGGUCAUUUAUUACGCAGUCUUUUGACCCUCUUUAAAGGUGAAGUUUUAGAAGGCUGAAUGGAAGACUCCAGAGCUGGAAUUAGGAUCCCGCGGAGGCUGUUCAGGGACUAUAAAUGAAUAAAGUUUUGAAAAGUUACAGGUAGAAGUAGGAGAAGAAUCUGGUGAUGGCAUAAUGAAGGAGCGUUUGGUUUCCGUGCAAAUUUAAAGGUCUUCGCCUGUGGUUUAAACUUGUAGAAAGUUCCCCUCCUGCCUGAAGAGGCACCCUUUCUCCUGGGCUCACCGCCAGAAGCCCUUGGUUCGACUGCUUGGCAUGGCAGCCGUUAUUGACAAGAGGGGGAAAGAGAGAAUGACGGCUCAGGUCGCCGAGCAUUGCAGGAGGUCACCUGGCUGUGACUGUAAACGGAGCUGGGUAGUAAUGCACGUCGUGGGUAUUAAGAAAACCUGUAUUAUUGCAGUGACUGUCAGUAGGACCUUAGCUCUUAAGCC